CGGCGGGGGCUGGGGGGGGGGGGGGUGAGGGCGUCGCGGCGAGGGAACAAAGCGCCGGAGCUGCCAGGCGGCGGGGCCGGGGGGGCCGCCCGCGGCCAUGGGGGUGCAGGACCGGCCCCAGUGCUUCUUCGAGAUAGAAAUCAACCGGGAACCAGUUGGUCGAAUUAUGUUUCAGCUCUUCUCAGACAUAUGUCCAAAGACUUGCAAAAACUUCCUUUGCUUGUGCUCGGGUGAAAAAGGAAUUGGCAAAACAACAGGAAAGAAGCUGUGUUAUAAAGGCACUACGUUCCAUCGGGUGGUUAAAAACUUCAUGAUUCAGGGUGGGGACUUCAGUGAAGGUAAUGGAAAAGGAGGUGAAUCUAUUUAUGGUGGCUAUUUUAAAGAUGAAAACUUUAUUCUCAAACAUGACAGAGCGUUCCUUUUGUCAAUGGCAAACCGAGGGAAACAUACCAAUGGUUCCCAAUUUUUCAUAACAACAAAACCUGCUCCUCAUCUUGAUGGUGUACAUGUUGUCUUUGGACUGGUUAUUUCUGGUUUUGAAGUAAUAGAACAAAUAGAAAAUCUGAAAACUGAUACUGCAAGUAGGCCCUAUGCAGAUGUGCGAAUUAUUGACUGUGGGGUGCUUGUGACAAAAUUGGCAAAAGAUGCUUUGGAGAAGAAGAAGAAAGUAUGUUCUGACUCAGAAGCUUCAGACUCCUCCUCUAGUGCAUCAAGCUCAUCAGAAACUUCAUCUGAAAGUGAAGCCGAAAAUGAAAGAAGCAGAAGAAGAAAGCGGAAAAGAAGAGGUAAAACCAAGCAAUCAAGAAAACGAAGAAAGGAAGAGAGGAAGAAAGAGGAUCCAAGGUGCAAGAGAACCUCAAGCCAAAGACGCAGCCUUUCGGACAAGAGCGAUAUAACAGAAAAAGCAGUCGAUGUUAGCACAAAGAGAGACAAACCUGUGGUACGUCCUGAAGAAAUUCCCCCAGUGCCUGAAAACAGAUUUUUGCUAAGAAGAGAUGUGCCUGUUGUCAAUGUAGAGCCUGAACCGAAGCUGCUUGACUCUACGCCGGUUCUGACGGACCAGAAACCAUCAGUCUCUAAAUCUGGACGAAAAAUUAAAGGAAGAGGCACAAUACGAUAUCACACCCCGCCUCGAUCACGAUCGUGUUCUGAAUCUGAUGAUGAUGAGAGCAGUGAGACCCCUCCUCACUGGAAAGAGGAAAUGCAGAGAUUACGAACGUACAGACCACCUAGUGGAGAAAAGUGGAGUAAAGGCGAUAAGUUGAGUGACCCAUGUACAAGCAGAUGGGAUGAAAAAAACGCAUCCCGGAGAUCGAGAUCUUGGUCACGUAACGGUUAUUCAGAUCUAAGUACUGUGAGAUAUUCUAGCCAUCACAAAAAGCACAGGAAAGAGAAAAAGAAGGUGAAACAUAAAAAGAAAUCUAAAAAGCAGAAGCAUUUCAAGAAGCACAAGCAAACGAAAAAAAAGAAAGCAUCAGCCUCUUCAGAUGUAGAAUCCUCUCAUUCCUUCGUCAGGAGGACAAAAUCAUCUUGUGAUCGUGAGAGGAAGUCUCGUUCUUCUUCAUUAUCUUCCAGACGUUCAUCCAGAAGAGACUGGUCUAAAUCUGAUAAGGAAGACCAAAGCUCAUCAACUUUGUCAAGCAGAGGGACUCGUUCGUACUACAGAUCCAGAUCCAGGUCUAAAUCAAGAUCUUAUUCCCGAAGAAGUUCUAGAUCAAGAUCAGCCUCUAAAUCAUCACGUUCUCGAAGCAGGUCAAGGUCAAGUUCUAACCCUAGGCAUCAAAAGACGGUUUCCAAUUCUCCCCGAAAUAUUUCAACACGAUUAAAUGAAAAUAAGUUGAACAAGACUUCUGAGCCUGUAAGAGCCGUUAUACUCCCAAGCGAUAAAAUUGUCAUACCACCAGUUGUCCCAGAAAACCUCCCUGUUAUACCCUUAAGUGAUAGCCCACCACCUUCAAGGUGGAAACCUGGGCAGAAACCAUGGAAGCCAUCUUAUGAACGCAUUCAGGAAAUGAAAGCUAAAACAACCCAUUUAAUACCCCCACAAAUGAAUUUCAAUUUAGUAGUCAUUAAAGAGGCUAACACUUCUUCCACCUAUCAUAAGCGACAAAGGAGCUCAGAUAGCGAUCGAAGCGGUUAUUCCAAAUAUCGUAGUGACAGAAGCUCCGAUAGUUGGCUGAGAUCAAGAAGCAGAUCCUCUCAAAGUAGGUCAUACUCAAGAUCUUACACGAGAUCUAGGAGUCCGUCUAGCUCUAGGACAAAAUCUCGUUCUUCUGGCAGAUCACCAUCACUGAGUAAAUACCACAGUGACAGGUCAGGUUAUAGUGAGUCAACAUCUUAUUAUUCCCUCAGUGAUGAUGAUAGACACAGAAACAAAAGAAAAUCUGCAUCCAGUGAUCAAAAUGCUCAGUCUCUUAAAUUGAGGCAAGAAACGAGCUCUGAAAGUACUCUCCCUUAUAAGUGUACAAAAGACUAUGAUGAGUCUUCUCAAGGAUUGAAAGAGAGUGACAGUUUAUCAUCUUCAGACUUCUCUACUGACAGCGAGCGUUCUGCCAAAAUAAAAGUAGCCCAAGAAAAAGAAGGCCGUUUUCAAUUAGAAGGAGAUACUCAGAAACAGGAUAAAAAUAGUUUAAGUUCUGAGAGAGGGGGGGAGAAAUCCAAAUGUGAACAGGAUUCUGAUCGUGCUAAAAAGAAAGCAGCUAAAGAGAAAUCCUCUGAGCAGCCUAGAGGUGGUGCAAAAACUAAACGAAAAUCCUAUUCGGGUAGUAAAUGGGACUCUGAAUCAAACUCUGAAAGAGGAGAAGCAAGGCAUAAUAGAGGAGAUUCCAGACCCUCCUCUAGUAAAGAAGAAGGAGAGGCCACAUCGGGAUCUGAUACAGAGAUUAGUGUUACCAAAAGGAUAAAAAAACAAUCAAAUUCUUCAGAAGGCUUUCUGGAUUCUGAUUGUACAUGGAAGACAAGCAAACCGUUGUCGUCUUCGGAAUCUGAGAGUUCUUGUUCUAGCUCAACAAACGUUAGAGGAAAGUCAAAAAAACACAAACAUGGAUCAAAAAAAACUCCUAAAAAAUCACAUUCCAAAAAAUCAAAAGAAAAGUCAAAAGGGAAAAAGGAGAAGAAGCACAAAGUUCAGAAAAGAAAAGAAAUGUUUCAUUGGCAGCCCCCCCUGGAGUUUGGCGAAGAAGAUGACGAUGAGAUAAAUGAAAAGCCAGUCACCAAGGAUGAUAAAAAAGAAAAGCAGCUUACCAGGGAUGUAAAGGAUAAAAAACAAGUUUAUGAAAAGGAUGAAAUAGUCAAAGAUAAAAUGGGAGUUGGUGAAAAGUCUUCUACAGGUGAAAACCUUCCAGGUAACAACACUACGUGUAAUGCCUCACCAGAUCCCAGUAACCUUAACAAAGAUUGCAUUGAGACAGAUGCUUCAACCAGUAUUUUAAACUCAGGAAUGAAUGUGACUGUUUCCAAGAAUGAGAUUAAACAAGAUGAAGAAAGUAACCAGAAUGGAUUAGAAGAUGUUAUUCAGACAGAUGACAACAUGGAGAUUUGUACUCCAGAUCGUAACUCACCAGGGAAGGUUGAUGUGGAAGUUUUGUCUCCUGUCAUUCUCACUACUAAACCUCAGGCUUUAAGUGCUAGUAUAAACAAAGAUUUACAGGUUGAGACCCCUGAACAAGAUGCUGUCAAACUAGGAAACAAUAUUAUAGACUUCAUUAGUAUUAAAGAAGAAAAAGAAAUGGGAAGGCAAGAAAAUAACUCUGUCCCUGUAUCCGGUGCUAAAGACUGUAGUUUAAAAAGUGAAAUUACUGAAAAUACACAAAGCAAUAUAAUAGAUAAUAAGUGGAAGCCUUUGCAAGGUGUUGGUAACUUACAACCAGCAACAAUUAACACUGCCGCAGAAGUUAAGAACGUAGCUUCAGCCCCAGAGCCUAAACCAGCAGGUUUAAGAAUUGAAAUAAAGGCUAAAAAUAAAGUAAGGCCUGGCUCUCUGUUUGACGAAGUUAGAAAAACAGCACGGCUAAAUCGAAGGCCAAGGAACCAAGAAAGUUCCAGUGAGGAGGAGUCUCCAAGUAGAGAUGACAAUAGCCCCUCCAGGAGUCUCAGUAGGUCACGAAGUAAAUCUGAAUCUAAAUCCAGACGCAGAACAAGGUCCAUAUCCUACAGCCACUCAAGAAGUCGAUCCCGAAGUUCGACAUAUUCAUAUCGGUCAAGAAGCUAUACAAGAAGCCGAAGCAGAGGUUGGUAUAGUAGAGAUUGGUCAAGAAGUCGAAGUAGUUCUUACCACAGUUACAAGAGUCGUAGUUGGACCUAUAGUAGAAGUAGAUCCAGAAGUAGUUCCUAUGGUCAUCACAGUCGAUCCAGUAGAUCAUACACGUAUGAUAGUUACUACAGCAGAAGUCGAAGUAGGAGGAGUGACAGCUAUCGAAGAUCGAGAAGUUAUGAUAGGCGAUCCAGAUCUUAUGGCUCUGACAGUGAAAGCGAUCGCAGUUACUCUAACAAUCGAAGUCCCAGUGAAAGCAGCAGAUAUAGCUGAAAACGUUUCUUUUGAUGAUGGAAACUGUAUUUCAUGAUUAUUUUUUUUGUCAGUGUUAUGUUAAAAACUGUUUUGACAGUGUCACAAGUGAAGUUGAAGGGUGUUUACUGAGUUAGCUGAAACUUUACCAUUUAACAGUGAACUCACUUGACUGACUGUAUACUUGUGGAGCGAAGUACUGAGUUCAACUCAACUGAUUUUUUUUUUUUUUUUUUUGUUAAAUGCUACUUUUACAAAAUAGGUAAAAAAACCAACCAAACAACAACAAAAAAAAAGAAAACAAAACAAAACAAAAAAACACACAAAAAAAAAACAGUUUUAUUUCCUUGAAUUGGAUUUUCCAAGCCAUGAAUGACACUUAGGUGAAUUUGCUGCCUCUACUUUUCUGGGUGCAGCAAUCAGUACUGUCUUCAAGUAUGUUUAUAAACACCUUCAGGCUUUCUGCCUGUUUCUAUGAAAUACAUGCUAUCAACUAUAAAACUGUGAAGAAAACUUCUGACAAAAGCUGCCAUUUCUAGUUUGUUAAAAUACUUUUUUUUUUUGGCGCUGGAAGAUGGGUCCCAUGCUGUCUUGUUUGUUGAUGAUUGCGUUAUGUACAGUAAAUACACAACAGCUAGGUGAUGAAAACAAAGACUGCCACUCUGUCUUAAUCCUUACUGUACUGUGAUAUUACACAAGUCUGCUGAAAACGGUGAGAUUAUGCACAAUGGGAAUUGUCAAACUGACAAGCAGUGAGCAGAAGUGUGAUGAAUGAGUUUUGAUUUUAAUAUUCAACUUGUCUAAACUUUUAUGUUUGAAAGUGGAUUUUAUGAUAAACAGCAAUGUUGGGAAUCUUAAAAAAAAGUGUUUCUAAACACUUUCUGAAUUUCAUUUCAAUUCCUAUUACAGUGCUUGGCAUAGUUCAACAUGUUUUGAAGUUGAAUUGUUGUAAACUGAGUAUAUCAUGAAUUUGUUCAAAAUACUUUUUUAAAAAAUUGGUGAUGGUAAUUUUUUGAGAAAAUAAACCAUAAUGGUUCCUUUAUAAAAUGUCUGUAGACGUAUCCCAUUUGCCAUAGGGAAUAUCAGAUAUUAAUAUUGCAGAUACUGAACUAUAUAUUGUUAAAGUGAUAUGACUACAACAAUAUGCCUGAUAAAAAGCAUGGACAAUACUUGCAAAGUUUAAUACCAAAAAUGACUCCAUGUUACAGGUAAACAGUUUGCAAAAAACCCCCAUGGAUUUAAACUGAAGAGCAUUGAGUAAUUUUUGCAAAAUUCUAAUUGAGUUGAUAUAAAAUAAUUUGUAAAGUUUUUCAGUGUUUAGAAAGUUGUGUACUAAGAAACAUUUUUUUUUUUUUAAUGGCAUAAUGUAACCUGAAAAAUGGAGUCUGUAGUGGGAAAACAGGCUAACAUAGCUUUAUUAGAGCUAAUGAGUACUGUUGUAUUAUAAUAGUUUUCAUUACUGACUUUCUGUAAUAUCUUGAGAUGCUUUCAUUUUCUCAAAUGUUUUCAAAUAUUGAAUUUUUUUUUUUUUUAAAUCUCAUCAGGACCUAACAGCUUUGAAAAUUAAAAGCGGUAAUUUCUUGCUUAGACGUCAAUUCAUACUGUCUCUUUGAUUGAAUUAAGCUAUCCAAAAUUAGCUUUUGGUACGCUUCUGAAACGGAAAGAAAGUUCAAAGUGAAGUUUGAAGACUAAUGAUGCCCUCCAUUUCUGCCCGUGAACAGCUGAGUAAGACGUUUGCACGCAGGUUCCUAAAACUGAAUUUGUCAGGCAGGUUUUUCACUUUGUAGAAGAACCCAAAAUUCUGGACUUACACCCUUCCUACUCUUACGGUUCAGUGGAAAAGUGUGUCCACAUAAUCCUUUCAAAUCAGUAUUUUGUAAGCUUCUGAUGCUGUUAAACAUUAAGUACAUUUAUUACUCAAGUCAGUAUACAUUUUCAGACACGAUUCAAACAGUAACAGCCAUUUUAGAAUCCUGAGCGUUUCAUUGCUAACUCGAGAUCAUGGUUGUUGCAGUUUCAUAGUUGUAAGUACAACUUGUUUUUUCCCUUACUGAGAAAAUAGAAUUAGUGGGUUAUGGGUGUAACAAAAUACACAAAUAUAAAAAUUGCCAUUCAACACUUCUUAGAGAAAAUGUUGUUCCAGAAUCAGACUUUGUCAUAUUUCACAUCUGAGUUGACUUUUUCUAAGACCAGGAAAAGGUAAUAGCAACAUGGUCAAUCAGUUAAUUUAAGUUGUCCAAAAUUACUGCAAUGCCACUAACAUCUAUUUCAUAUCUUGAACUAAAGCUUUAUAAAGAAAUUCCAUCUGGAGAUGGUCAGGGAGGGGUGUGAGGGACCGGGGGGAAGUAUUUUUACUUAGUGAAGUCUGUUAAAUUGUGCUUCAGAUAGAAAAUGUACCCCUGCGCUGGUUUUCUAAGGUCGGUCUCUCUAGGUUUUUGCAAUUUUGUUAUUCAAAAGUAGUUGCUGUUUGUAAAAUAAACUUUUGUACAUAUCUGCAAA